AUGGCUUCGAAUUCAGACCAAGUCGAGCAGUCAAAGUCUCGAAAACGAAAGCGAAACACGGAGAUCCAAAGCAGCGGGCAAGAGAUCAUCGCAACGGCCUCUGAAGUCAACCAGGAGGACAUGGAAAAGUUCAGCCAGGUCGUCAUCGCACUCCAAGCUAGACUCGUCGCUUUCGAGAAGGAACACGCGGCGUUGGUCAAAAUCUACAAGCUCAGCAUUUCGGACAGGAACAAAUUCAUCAGCCACUACAAAACCGUCAACCACAUUGAUCAAGAAGACGAUGACGACCAGCAGCAUGAGUCUGCCGACGCACGCAACACUCAUGUAAAAUACCUCGAGAAGAAGGAGGCAAAGCUCAAGACGAGGAUCGAGGACUACAACAAGCUGCUGAACAUGCACUUUACAUGUGUUCGGAAGAGAGUCAAGAUCGAGAGCAUGUCUGUGGAGCCAUCUCAGAUCGAAGUUGCUGCAAGGGCUUUGGCUGAGAUGUCGGACAUGGCUCAGCUCAGCGGCGGUCUUGCGAACUUGCUCGAGGCUUGCAAUGAAAAGGAGAACGUCACAGAAGCGGAGCUGAAGUCAAAGGCACAGCCCGGGGCCGUGGUCUUGAAGAUGGAACAGCAGUUGGAGUCCGACCAGGUGUCGUAG